GCAGUCCUCCUGUCUCCGCUUCUUAGAUUGCUGGGAUUACAGAUGGGCAGCACCACACCCAGCAAGAAGCUGACUCUUAGAAGCCCAGCUGCAUCGUGUGACCCAUGUCACUGAGGCGCACAGCCCCUGAGGGUAGAUGCCCACCCUGCUUCCUCCGGGGUCUUGGGACAGGAGGACGGGGACCUUGGUGGGGUGGAUCGGCCGUGGACACGGGACCGGCGCCUUCCUCCACCUGCCCUGUGUCACGCAGCUGCAUGGCGCACGUGAUUCAGGCCCCGCACGCGGUGGUGUCCCUGUGCGCAGCUGUCUCCCGGCUGCAGCCUCCUCCUGGCGGGAGGGCCUGAGUCUCCCUGCACAGCUGGGACAGCUCUCCCUCACUGCCCCGCCCAUGUGGCACAAGUGCACACACACACACACACACACACACACUCGCGCGCGCUCCAGCUGAGCGUUUCCUCCACUGCUCACUGUCCGCUCCGCCUGUUCGAGCCACGCGUCUCUCUGCUGCCGCUGCCACGGAGCUGCCUGUCUCUGGGGCUGGAGUCCAGGCCCUGCCAUGGCCAACGCCACCCUGCCGCCGCUGUGCCCCAUCCUGGAGCAGAUGAGCCAGCUGCGGAGCCACCGCAACUCCAGCCUGCGCUACAUGGACCACGCCUCCGUGCUGCUGCACGGUCUGGCGGCGCUGCUGGGCCUGGCCGAGAACGGCCUCAUCGUCUUCGUGGUGGGCUGCCGCAUGCGCCAGACCGUGGUCACCACCUGGGCGCUGCACCUGGCGCUGUCCGACCUGCUGGCCUCGGCCUCGCUGCCCUUCUUCACCUACUUCCUGGCCGUGGGGCACUCGUGGGAGCUGGGCACGGCCUUCUGCAAGCUGCACUCGUCCGUGUUCUUCCUGAACAUGUUCGCCAGCGGCUUCCUGCUCAGCGCCAUCAGCCUGGACCGCUGCGUGCGCGUCGUGCGCCCGGUGUGGGCGCAGAACCACCGCUCGGUGGCCGCGGCGCGCAGGGUGUGCGCGGCGCUGUGGGCGCUGGCGCUGCUCAACACGGUGCCCUACUUCGUGUUCCGCGACACCAUCCCGCGGCGCGACGGCCGCACCAUGUGCUACUACAACGUGCUGCUGCUGGCGCCGGGCGGCGACCGCAACGCCACCUGCGGCGCGCGGCAGACGGCGCUGGCGGCCAGCAAGUUCCUGCUGGCCUUCGUGCUGCCGCUGGGCGUCAUCGCCGCCAGCCACUGGGGCCCCUACCACGCCUUCAGCCUGCUCGAGGCGCGCGCGCACGCCGUGCCCAGCCUGCGGCCGCUGGCCUGGCGCGCGCUGCCCCUCGUCACCAGCCUGGCCUUCGUCAACAGCGUGGUCAACCCGCUGCUCUACGUGCUCACCUGCCCGGACGUGGGCCGCAAGCUGCGCCGCUCGCUGCGCGCCGUGCUGGAGAGCGUGCUGGUGGAGGACGGCGAGCCGGGCUCCCGCCGCCGCCGCCGCCCCUCCUCCCCCGGGGUCGCCUUGGCGUCCUCGUCACUGUCGCUGGCCGACCGCCAGGCCUGUUCCCUGCUGCGCUGGUUGCGGGGCUCCCGGGGGACCGCGAGCGAGAGCACGCCCAGCUCGGCCUCCGGCUCGGGGUAGGGUGCAGCCGAAAUAAAGUGAGCGGGGCAGCGCCUUUCAA